AUGUCACAACAAUACUCAGGCGGCAACACCGCAGACAACCAACCCACGACCGUCGACGCAACCGCCCGAACCGUCCACUACAAGUGCGGCGACUGCGACAUGGACGUCCCGCUCAAGCGCGGCGAGCCAAUCCGCUGCCGUAACUGCGGUCAUCGCGUUUUGUACAAGCAGAGAACGAACCGUAUGGUGCAGUUUGAGGCGCGAUGA